CUAAUGCUCACAUUAGUCCUGGUUCGUAAUGCAACCGGGACUAAUGUGUAUAUUGAGCUGUGACCAAAGCCCUAUUUUCUACUAGUGUCUCUCUCUCUCUCUCUCUCUCUCUUUUGCAAUACUACACUAGGGUAGCAUACUUGAGUUCAGAUAUGCUACAUGGCAGAAACGGUUGUUUUUCAAUUUUCUGUAGUAUUUAUCGUGAUGAAACAUGCCAUGUUUGUUCUCUUAUAUUUGGCUCAAAAUCAACUGUGGACAGCCUAAGCUCAUAAUUAUCACGUACCAUGCUAGGAAGGAUCCAAUCCAGUUGGCAUAUAAAACUCCAGUAAAAUGCAAGAUAAAUGAAAUUUUGUUAGUUUUGAUCACUUGGGAGGUUGUUUUAUUCUAGGGUGAAAAAAGAUUCAUGAUUUUUUUUCUGAACCAAGUAGCAUAUCAGGUAGGAAGGUGAAUGCUCUAUUGAAUAUUGAUAACAAUAUGGGAAAAAAUUACUAUGGAUUGGUUUCGGGAAAAAGAAUCUGUCUAUAUGGAUUGUUAGGCUUGGAUCAAUAUGCCAUGCAUGACUUGAUUUGUCUUAACAUCUCUUUAGAAGAAACAUUAUCAGAUAAAGAGAGUCCAUUGGUUGUCAUUUCGUAAUCAUAAGAGUCCAUUAAAUUUGUGGCCAACAUCUUUUUUUUGGAAUUUUCUAUUUAGAUGAAUGUGGAGAUUUUGUAAUACUAUACGAGUGUAGCAAGUCUUGAGUACAUAUAUGCUAAAUGGCAUAACAUACAUUUUCAGUUUUCUGUAGUAAUUUGGCUCAGUGUGGAACGGAAUCAACGGAUUAUACUCAUAAUUAUCAUCUACCAUUGUCAUAUCCUUACUGAGGAUUUCUCGCUCAGAUUUCGGAUCGAGAAGGGGAUACUUGGGGAAGAAGAAGAAACCAGAGAGAUAGGAGAUGGCUAUGGGGCUCAAAUUUUCGAAAUUUGUUGGUUCCUGCGGUUAUGCCUCAAGGAUAUUAAUUUCAGAUGGCUGAAGUGUUUUGUUUGACAGAGAAUGUGCUUCAGUAUUAGAAUUGCAAUGGACCAAAUUGUUGUCCAAGGCCUGGAUUCAAAACAUGUAGUUGUAAUGCUAAUCAAUCAUCAUCAUUGCUUAUCAGUCAUAAUCAAUUCCUACUUUUUUUAACUUUCUCCUUUUUGGAAAAAGCGGAAGCAUUAUCAGUCAACUGAAAAGAGUAUGUUAUAAGUACAAUGAAAUCUGGGAAAAGAACUAUGGUAAUUCUUUCUCUUCUAUUUGACCGUCAUACAAUCUAAUUCGCAACAAAUUGGAGGAAAGUAAUUUAUUUUUCCCUACAUUUAUUUCUAUAAGCAAGAAUUUCACACACUUUUCCCCUUCCCAAACCCUAGAGUUCGAGGCACUGAUCCCCAAGCCAAGGAGCCGAUGCCGCCAGGAGGAGGAGGCGAGCAUGGCUGCACGGGGCAGCACCAUCCAUUGGCGACCGGUCGCCGUGACGAGGGCGCUUCGUCCUAUCCUAUGCCGCCGCCUCCCCUCAUUGUUCCCGUAGCUUCUGAGAAGAAGAAGAAGAAGAAGAAGCAGGAGCAGGAGCAGGAGCAGGAGCACGAGAAACACCCUGCUGGGAGCCUUCCUGAGGGCCCCCUUGUCGAGAUCCUAUCCCGGGUGCCCUACAAGUCACUGUGCCGCUUCAAGUGUGUGUCCAAACCGUGGCUUGCCCUCUGCUCUGACCCCGACAUCCGCAAGAGGUCACCCAAGACCAUGGUAGAUUUCUUCCUCCGCAACUAUGGCAUCGGCCCCUGUUUCAUUAACUUGUCUGGAAGAGGCCAGCCCCUGGUCGACCCUUCUCUCUCUUUCUUGCGUGAGAGCUUUACACUUCUCAUCCCCCAGCAGUGCUGCGGUGGCCUUGUUCUCUGCAAAUACUGGGAAUCGCGUUAUGUUGAGGAAUAUGAGUACAAUCUUGUCGUGUGCAAUCCUGCGACCAAGAAGUGGGCCGAGCUGCCUCCUAAUCCUAUACAAUUGCAAGACGAAGACGAAGAUGAAGUCGAAGAAUAUUUGUGUUUUGAUCCAGCCGUCCCCUCCAGUUUCGUGGUACUCACACACACUUGGGAUUUCACAGAAGUGGCAAUCUACUCAUCAGACACUGGACGAUGGACUACGGUGGAGAGUGGUUGGACUGAUGAGGCUCCUGUUGGUCUUCCUGUCUUCCUGAAUGGUACUUUACAUUUGAUGACCCCUGAAUAUUCAAUAGUCACAGUAGACACAGAGGGGAAGGUUUGGGGGCAAAUUGAUAUUCCAGGCAACAUGCGAGACAGCUCUGAUUAUCCGUUCAUUGGACAGUCUCAGGGACGAUUGUAUGCUUGGUGUAUAAAUGAUAAUAUUGAUGUUUGCCAACUUUCAGUUUGGGCUCUUGAGGAUUAUGGUGGUGCAAAGUGGGCCUUGAAGGAUACUGUUAACAUUUCAGAACUGUUUGGAAGGAAUUGUUGCAAAUAUGUGGAGCCCUUAGCAAUUCAUCCAGAUUGUGAUUUGAUUUUCCUUGCUGACCGGAGGGGGAAGGCUAUCUCAUAUGAUAUGGACAGCAAGAAAGUGCAUGUUAUCGGCACUUACAAAACAUUCGUUGGUGCUGUACCUUAUGUUCCAUGUUUUGCGGAAUGGCCGUCAGAUGGUCACUGACCUUGCUGGAACUAUAUUGUCUUCAUAAAUUUAGCCAUGGAGAAUAUGCAACACCUAGCAACACCUUCCAGUAGCUAAUGCUUACUUGUAUGAAUGAGUCUAGGUAUUUGAUGUAUCGGCUGCAUCUAGUGCUAAUCAUUAUGGUCACCUGUUAGCUCUUGGUGUGGGGUAACUGUGAGGGUAUAUUAUCUAUGUUUGAAAUUGGUUGGAUUUUCACCUCUUUAUUUUUCGUUUAAGACUGGAGAUGCUUAUCUCUUGUUGCAAGUACAUUUAUCUUUUAUGGACAACUUGUUAUCCAUCAGUUCUGAAUAUUGA